AUGGAGGAACAGUACAUCAAUCAAUCAACUUUGAAAAACUCUCAAGCCUUUUAUCAUAUUGCGAGGGUCACUGGACAGCGUAUGAUCUGCGAUUGCGUUGGCUACAAGCCAACAGGAGUCGCGGAAAUAACAAGGUAUUGCUGCGGUGAACCACGAGAAAUUGAACCGGAUGGAUCAAGGUGCCAAGUCAAUGCACUGCUUGACCCUCGCUCCAUGGGACAAUAUUGGAUCGAUUGCUGCACAUGA